CUCGCGCAAUGACGUCACUUACAAACAAGCGCAGUGAAGGACAGUACAACGGGUGAAUAUACUGUCCCGGGUCAUUAAACGCUUUUAGCGAACGAGAGAGAAGAGAUGUCUAUAAGCGUAAAAAAGAUCACUGGGCUGGUGGCAGCUACAUUCACACCACUCACUGCUGAAGGGGAGAUUAACCUCUCUGUCAUUGGACCAUACAUUGAAUACCUAGUAGAGAAACAGGAUGUCAAGAGUGUGUUUAUUAACGGCACAACAGGUGAGGGAUGUUCUCUAACUGUGGACGAAAGGAAGCAGCUUGCUGCAGCUUGGUGCCAACAUGGAAAGGGCAAGCUUGAGCAAGUGAUUGUUCAUGUUGGCUGCUUGAGUAUAAAAGACUCUCAAGAACUGGCUCGGCAUGCCGCCAGUAUAGGGGCCGAUGGCAUAGCAGUAGUCUCUCCUUCCUAUUUCAUACCCAUUAAUGCAGAUGCAUUGAAAUCAUUUAUAAAGGAAGUGAGUGCCUUUGCACCAGAACUUCCGAUGUAUUAUUAUCAUAUUCCGAGCAUGACUGGUGUUGCAUUCGAUGCGGCUGAUGUGCUAAAUGGGAUAGAGCAGGUGAUCCCCUCAUUUCAGGGAGUGAAAUACACUGGGACUGACCUGAGGGAUCUCGGACAGUGCGUCCACUACUGCCAGGCCCGUGGCUGGUCUGUCCUGUUUGGAGUAGAUGAGCAACUCUUGGGAGCUUUCGUACUAGGUGCUGAUGGAGCAGUGGGGAGCACAUAUAACUACUUCGGACGUGUAGUUAACCAGCUGCUUGCUGCUUUUGAUAAUGGCAACCACAUGCAAGCCAGAGCACUGCAGUUCAAAUCUAUGGAGAUGAUCACAUUUGCUAAGAACCUUGGUUUUGACGUGGCCGUGAAUAAGCAGGUGAUGAGUGAAGUGUCAGGGUUAGCGAUGGGUCCCCCUCGACUCCCGCUGCUGCCAUGUCCUCUCUCAAAGGCCCAGGCUAUAGCACAGAAAAUCAAGGACUUCUCUCAGGGACAUUAAAAUGAAAGGAAUUUCACUGAACCUACCUGACACUCCAAACAAACAAUUUGUCUUGAUAGCGAGCAGUAAGCUGUACCACAUUUAUGUACACUACAGUAUACUGAUGUACUGUAUCCUUUAUAUUUGCAUGUUUUUUUACAUUUCAUACUUUAUACUAACUUUGCCUUAUUAAUGUUUAGUUUCUUUAUUGUUAACACAAGUCUUUAGGAUUUCGUUUUCUCUAAUUAAUAACAUUAAAAUGAAACUAGGAAUUUCAGUGAACCUACCUGAGUUACCCGAAGGAGUUACAAGUAAUCCUCAGUGUUACUGAUUAAUUUACACCAUGAUGUACAGGAUUUUGUAUACCUAAAUGCUUUAUGAGUUUUGCAUGUUUUGUUUGUUCUUGUCAUAUGCUUACAUGUGUAAAAAAAGCAUACACAUAUAAAGUAAUUUUUGUUCUGUUUUUGUUCUUUAAUACUGUAUUAUUACCCUCUUUUAGCUGACGUUCAUGUAAUUGUUAACUAACUGGGCUGCUGAGGCAGUGGUUGCAGGACCAGCCAUGUCACCAUUGUGCCCUUGUGCAAGACUCUUAUGAAAGUAAUUCUGUAUAACAAAUGGCAUUACUCACAGCAAGUGCAAUAUAUGUAAUUUUGGAUGAAAAUCAUCUUCUCUAUGACAUGUACAACAAAAUAUAUUUCUCUGGUUGUGAUAUUUUAGAUAUACUUUCAAACAGAAGUAGUUCUUUUCAGAUCCUGUUUGGAUGUGAGCGACGUUGUCCACGGACACUAAAAGUUUGGUAGAAAAUCACAAAAACUGCAUUGUAUUCAUCUCUGAAUUUAUUAUGUUUUCAGAAUACUGUUAAAAGGGACCCGUUUUGUAUGUUGAAAUUGAAUUAAUAAAAAUGAUUAUUCAUUAAUAAA